ACAGAAAAUUGUGUUAUAUUUACUCCAGCUGCGACUAUAGUUUAAAUAGUUUGUUUUAUCGUUUGGUUUUGUGCAUACUGACUACAGCAGAGCUACUAGUGUGGUUUGUUUGAUCCGUUUAUGAUAGUGUGUUUAAAUGUGUGAACACUUGAGCUAAUGCUAAGCUAAUAGUGCUAAAGAUGUCGAGGAAAGGCUCCUCUGAGGGAUCAGACAGGUUUGAAUAUCUGCAGACUCUGGUCACCGAGUUUCAGGACACAGACUGUGAAGAGGCAAAGGAGCAGGUUCUGGCCAACCUGGCCAACUUUGCCUACGACCCAAAGAACAUGGAGUAUCUGAGGGAGCUGCAGGUGACCGACCUCUUCCUGGACAUGCUCACUGAGGAGAAUGACAACUUUGUGGAGUUUGGGAUGGGGGGCCUGUGUAACCUGAGUAUGGAUCCAGAAUGCCGACACAUAAUCCUGGAGAGCAGAGGGAUCAGCUUGGUGACACAUUGUCUGUCGAGCCGGAGGGAGGAGACGGUCCUGUCAGCCAUCACCACACUCAUGAACCUCACAACGCCCUCGUCGCGCUCCGAGAUCACCGAUCCGGCCGUCCUGCAGUGCAUGCUGCGCUUCUCCCUCUCAGAGAGCCCCCGCCUGCGCAACCUGGCCGCUGUGUUCCUGCAGGAUUGCUGCACCGAGGAGCAGCUGGCCCGAGCGGAGCGGCAGAUGCAGGGACAGCAGACUGCAGUCGGCAUCCCGCUGCCCAAGAACUAAGUUACAGAUGGGGUGUUAAAUUCAGAUGGGAGUUUUUUGUUGUUGUAUACAAGUGGACAAGUUAACUCUGUAUGGCAAAAACAUAUAUAGGCACCCAAACAUCACACUUCUGGUUUCAGUCUGACCUGCAGGUGUUUGAACCAUCUGUAGAGAUUUCCUCCCAUAUAGCCACAAGAACAUCAGUGAGGUCCAACACUCAUGUUUAGGAUCAGGUCUGGAUCACAGUCCAGUUCAUCGUGAAGGUGUUGGAUGGUUGAGGUCAGGACUCUGAGCAGACCAACCAAGUUCUUCCACACAAAACUGGAAAAAGAAAACGUAUUUUUGGAGCUGGUUUUUUGUCCCCGGGGGAUAUCGUCACAUUCAACGAUGAAAGACACUUUUUGUCCACAAAGUUGGAUUUGAUAUUUAAAUAUAUCAUUGCAUCGGUUGAAUUUAGAUUCAAUUUUCAACAUAAUGUUGGGCAUAUAAUGUACUUUUCAAGUUUAAGCACUUUAAAUAUAAUGUUUCAAUUAGAGAAUUUUUGUGUUGUGCUCUUUCUGACCACAUGAGGGACACUGGAUAGGUUUUGUUAAAGUAAAGGGACUUUCUGCUGUUUUGUUAGAGAUUAAUAGAUUGCUAAAAACACAAUUUUGUUUUAUUAAAUUCCAAACUGUUUACAGAAGGUGAACAAAGAGAACUGACAUGUAAAACCAGGCUCACUUACUGCUGGAUAAAUCAGUUCCUAUUAUUAUUCCCCAAAAAUGUACAUUCCUUUGGCCUUGAAGUUAUUUCCUAAGACCCGGGUUUAAGGAAAUCGGAUGCUGGAUCACCUUCAAGCCACCUGGUUGACCCUUGGCGCUCUCUCAUAUAAGCAUAACAUGAAUCCAAACCCCAAAAUAUGUAAGAAUGAAAAAUGCAAA